UUCAGAGGAAUUCAGAGGCUCUGAAAUAAUCCCAUUCUGUUGCAACAGGAAGCAGGGGGGCUGUCUUUUUUCCUGCUAGUUAUUUGAAAUAGAGAUGUAGAAAUUAGGAAAGAGGCUUCAGACCCCCUUACAAUUGAGGACCCAAGUUUGACAGAUCUUUAAGAGCGAGAGGUCAAAAUUAUCUCCCUGAAAUGUCGUUCCACAAGACAACCAAAUCUUUGGCAAAAAAACUGAACCCAGAAGGAGAUUUGAUCCCAGUACGCAGCAUUAUAGACAAUGACCACUAUCGGCCUCUUUGCCUGCUUUACAGAAAGGCAAAUUCUUCAUGGUGGAAGACUAAGUCUUUUCGUAAAUCUGAAUAUAAAUUAACAGAUGUUCUUUGUUUUGGCGAUCAUGCUAUAAAAUUAGAUGUCAAAGAUGGAGGCCAAUUUGACAUUGAGGAUCGGGUAGAUGGAACACUGCAAGGAGAAUUUUCUGGACGCGAUAUAGCCCCCAUAGAAGCAAAAACCAAUUCUAUUAUAACCCAUGUGAUGUCUGUGAAGGUGAAAAAGAUACAAUUAUGUCCUACCAUCCUCAACUCUGUGAAAAAGGUAAAAAUCAACAUGGAUCAUGAGUUCAUUAAACAAUCAAAGAAGCAUGACUACAACCUAUACAUUGUGACUGAAGCAAUAGAGGCUGUGGAAGAAGCACACUUUGAGGAAUCCAGUGAAAUGGAAGGCAGCAUCUUUUACGAAGCCUAUGUCAAAAUGGGGCUGAAGGGUUCCAGCAAGAGUAAGAAGGCAAUUCAUAUCCCAAAAUCUUGCAUUCUGGCAUUUAGGGCCAAGAAAUUACAAGUAGCAAAGGAAUCAUUAGGUAUUUCCUACUAUUCAGAUGAAAAAUCAGGAACUUGGUUUUCUUCGGGUAUCAAAACAGCUACAAGUUCUGUGGUCUGUGAUGGCAAAAUUUACAACUCUGUUCCCCAAGUAAGAAUAAAACCAGAGCCAGAAACUUGCACAUUGAGCAGUAAGGAAAACAUGUGGAUGGAGGUUCAAGUGGAAUGUGAACAGUUCUCAUUCUUAUCUGCAAAGUUGCGUGGUUUGUUUCUAUCUGGCUUUGUGGCUGUAAUGAGGAACAAGGAUCUUCUACAAAAGCUAGCAUUCCAGCUGGAGGAGGCGCUUCAAGUCUCUGGCCAAUGCAAAUUGAAGGCAGACGAGCCAGAAUUGCAAAAUCUGGUGGAGAAUCUACAAGAUUGCAGUGGAGUCAUCAUCACUGAACUUGCAGAGGCAGUUGUCUAUUUUCUUGAAGCCUUAGAUGAACUGCAAGAACAACAAUUGAUGCUCUUGGAAGAAUCUGUGGGGAAAAAUAUUGUGUCCAUGCAGCUGGAACUGGUUGAGAACAUUUUAGGCAAUAUUCUAAGCAACGACAAAAUGAAAUUUACUGCAGAUGCCCAGCUCUUACCUAAAGAGGAGAUGAUUAUAACAGGAGCAAUGAUUGAAAUGAGUGGAGUGACCAUUCAGAAAAAUGAAGCUCAUCUUACUGGAACAGGAGAGCCUGAAGCUUUGGUGCCAUUGUAUGUGGUUCUUUAUGUGCUCAAUCUUCUAACUCAGAAGACAACUUAAUUAAUCAUGAUGCAUGAUUAAAUUGUACACAUUUAUCUGGGAAAGUCCAAUUUUUUCCAAGCUUGAAAAAAAUUCUUUUGGGCUGCAACUCCCACAAAACAUAGGUUUGGCAAACUGCAGUUCAGAAAAGUAACCUUUUUCAAUCCUUCUUCAGUGGGGCUUAGUUUUGAACAAAACACGGAUAGGGUUGUAUUGUCCUGCAUACAGGUACAGUAGAGUCUCACUUAUCCAACACUCGCUUAUCCAACAUUCUGGAUUAUCCAACGCAUUUUUGUAGUCAAUGUUUUCAAUACAUUGUGAUAUUUUGGUGCUAAAUUCGUAAAUACAGUAAUUACUACAUAGUAUUACUGCAUAUUGAACUACUUUUUCUGUCAAAUUUGUUGUAUAACAUGAAGUUUUGGUGCUUAAUUUCUAAAAUCAUAACCUAAUUUGAUAUUUAAUAGGCUUCUCCUUAAUCUCUCCUUAUUAUCCAACAUAUUCGCUUAUCUAACAUUCUGCCGGCCCGUUUAUAUUGGAUAAGUGAGACUCUACUAUAUAUACAGCCUUACUCUCUAACCCUCUUUGCACUUUUUAGCCUUCUUUUCAGACAUAUUUCAGGCCUUCUAAAAUUCUCUAUGUUUAUGGUUUUCCAAAUUGAUGUAUAGGUUGAUUAUCCCAUUAUCCAAAAAAUUCAAAAUUGUCUGCUUUGGUCUCUGUGAUAGUUACAUAUUUGCUUCCUAUUGUUUGCCUACUUUGUUUCAAGCACAAAAUAUUAAAGUACAGUAGAGUCUCACUUAUCCAACACUCGCUUAUCCAACGUUCUGGAUUAUCCAACACAUUUUUGUAGUCAGUGUUUUCAAUAUAUCGUGAUCUUUUGGUGCUAAAUUCGUAAAUACAGUAAUUACUACAUAGCAUUAAUGUGUAAUGAACUACUUUUUCUGUCAAAUUUGUUGUAUAACAUGAUGUUUUGGUGCUUAAUUUGUAAAUUCAUAACCUAUUUUGAUGUUUAAUAGGCUUUUUCUUAAUCUCUCCUUAUUAUCCAACAUAUUCGCUUAUCCAACAUUCUGCUGGCCCGUUUAUGUUGGAUAAGUGAGACUCUACUGUAGUGUAUAAAAUUAUCUUCAGGCUAUAUGUAUAAGAUGAUCAUAAAACAUAAUAUCUUAUAUGCUUGUUUAGACCCAUCUCCAAUAUUUGUUGUUAUGAUACAUAUAUCCUGCAAUUGGUAGUCCAGAAUCUGGAAAAAAAUCCAAAAUAUUUAUCUUAGCACCUUGAAUAAGGUAUAUUCAACCUGAAUCUAUAUCUCACACGUCACAAUCAUAUCAAUCACUUCCAAUGGAUUUGACACUAAGACAAUGUAUAAAGGAACUGUAAUACUAGAAUUAAUAUGGUCAUUUGAUAAAUUAACUUAUAUCUCAUAGUCUCAUCUAACAAUUCUGCUGAGCUUUCUGAUUCCAGUACCCUGCAUUUCCCAUUUGUUGAAUUUGUUUUAUUAUUAUUUUUCUAUUAAAUGCAUGAAUAUCCUGUGUCA